GCACGCGCGACCUCCGCCGCGGCCAGUCGAUGCGACGAUGUUUCAUGCCGUUUCACCACCUCAAGCUGGUCGCGCGUCUGCCGCCGCUGUUUGUGGGGGACUGCGAUAGCGAGAUUCUGCUCGCGCAGUACUCGAGUAGCUGGGGAAGUGACAAGCAUGGCUCGUUGGUGAUUCUGGAUGAGGUCGUCAGCCGGAUUUUCGACCGCGGGCGGUCGUUAUCGGAGUCGAGUGGGCUGCGCGGGGCGAAAAGGGCGGACCAUCUUAAACGGGUGUAUGACUUGAUUUUGACGACGGCGUUGUGCAUGAUUGUUGGCGAGGAGCAGAAACGGAAGAUUUUCUUGGCUGUUUUGGCGUUAAUCGCGGAGGGGGGCGGGGGUUGAAUUUUGGAGUUGGUCGUCGAAUCUCGUUAUUUUAUCGUCUUUUUUGAUGGACGGCAUGCUUGACUUUCUG